CGGUACUAUCAAUUCACUUAUUAAAAAAAUUCACAUGGACCGUACUAAACUCCACAAGAUGCACCACUAGUCACUAAUAUACAUCUUCACCAAUCGUUCACUUUAGAUGAGUCAUAUUCAUUAAAUAUUUUCUCCUAUUUAUAUGAUAUCCUCUCCUCCCUAUCCUUUCGUUCUUCAUGCUUCAACUUCUUCUCUCUCCUUCUUCCUCACCAUGGCAGCCCCCAGUGAGCCUCCCCUCCCCAAAUAUCUCCAAGAUGAGAACCUAACCGAUGAAUGUAGGGAACUCCUUCGCUCUCUCCCAUCCGAGAAGGGAUGGCUCUCGACCUUUCUCCACCUGUUUCAGGGCUUCUGGUACGGCACCCGCCACAUGAACGGUGUCCUCUAUACUCAACUCCAAUUUAAGGCCCAGGACUCCGACGUCCUUUUAGUGACCACCCCCAAGUCCGGAACCACAUGGCUUAAAGCCAUCCUCUUUGCCCUCUUGAACCGAUCUCGCUAUUUAGAACCUCAUAAGAAACUAGACCAUCCCUUGCUCCAGAAAAAUCCGCAUGACCUCGUGCCUUCCUUGGAACUCGGGCUCUACGUCGAGGACCCGAAUCCGGACCUCUCCUCAUUCACCUCCCCAAGGCUGUUUGCCACCCACCUGUCCCACGUCUCACUUCCGGAUUCCGUGAAGGACUCCAAGUGCAAGCUUGUCUAUCUGUGUAGGAACCCGAAGGACACGUUUGUCUCUCUGUGGCAUUUCACAAAUAAGUUGAGGCUCAAGGAAAUGGGCACAAACACACUGGAGGAGACCUUUGACAAGUUUUGUAGAGGGGUGAGCUCGAAUGGGCCAUACUGGGACCAUGUCCUGGGCUACUACAAGGCAAGCUUGGAGAUGCCCCAUAAGGUCUUGUUCCUAAAGUACGAGGAAAUGACGGAGAAACCUAGUGAGCAGUUGAAGAGAUUGGCUGGUUUCUUGGGCUGCCCUUUCUCAGAAGACGAGGAGGCCAAUGGCGGGGUUGACGAGAUCUUGAGGCUCUGCAGCUUCGAUAAUCUAAGCAAGCUGGAGGUGAACCGGAGCGGGAAGCUCCCGACAGGGGAGGAGAACAGGUUGUUCUUCAGAAAGGGUGAAGUGGGAGACUGGGUGAACUAUCUAACUCCCGAGAUGAUUGAGAGGCUGGACCGCAUCACCAAAGAGAAGUUCCGUGGGUCGGGUUUGAAGCUCUAGAAGCCAGUACAGCCGCUCAUUGCCUAGCUAACUGGAUGAACCAAAACAAGUGGUCCCGUAUUUCCUAUCCAGCUAUAUCGUGUACUACACUAGUUGUUGUCAGAUUAAUUAUCAUUUAUCUCGUUACUACUAGUCGAUUCCAUUGAUCUUUACCUGCAAAAACGUAUAUGUGUGGGUGUGUGUGUUGAAUGCCCUACUGUCGACACCUAGUUAUACCUCUUUUCUAAGUUCUUUUUGUGCAAGUAUUGUGAUCUCUCUCUGAAUCUCUUCAGAGGCCACCAAUAAAAUUGAUGUACUUGAAGGUUCUUAUAAUUAUAUUCUGGACUA